GUUCAGAUCAGACACUGUCACCGGGAUUAAUAACACACAGACGCGGUUCUUCCAAACAGGAAUCGACAAAAGAGAGAUCUCUGAGCCUCUCUUUUCCCUUAUCCUGCUUUCUGGAACGCUCUUCUGUACUCCUGGAUAAAGGAGAAGCCGUUUUCCUACAGCUCUUCCAGCAAGAGAAGCAGAGAGCAGUCAGAGAGCAGAGGACAGUGGACUCAAUGAGGGAGCCAGAGAGGGAGGAGCAGCUCGACCCCAGCAUGCCCCCCAAAUUCAAACGGCAUCUGAACGAUGAAGAGGUUACCGGCUCUAUUCGCAGUGAGCGGAGGAACCUACUGGAGGAAGACUCAGAUGAAGAGGAGGACUUUUUCCUGAGAGGACCUACAGGACCAAGAUUUGGAGGCCAAAAUGACAAAAUUAGACAUGUGCAGUCUCAAGUUGAUGAGGUCAUUGACGUCAUGCAGGAGAACAUCUCCAAAGUGAUAGAACGUGGGGAACGUCUGGAUGAGUUGCAGGAUAAAUCUGAAAGCCUAUCGGACAAUGCGUCAGCGUUCAGCAGUAGAGCCAAGCAUCUCCACAGAAGGAUGUGGUGGAGAGACAUGAAGAUGAAAAUGAUUGUAGCGUUGGUAGUGGUCAUCCUUCUCCUUAUCAUAAUCAUUCCUGUGAUCUUGCAGUAUCGCUAGUGUCUGGCAGGGAGGUUAGAGGCAUAAUGUACUCUUCCUCCUUCCUCUCCCUCAUCUUUCUGCUGUCAUUCCUCCGUACCAGAGGGGGCGCUGCACAGGUUUGGGCUGCCCACUGUAUUUGCCUAUUUUGGCAGGGUCUGGAAACAAAACAAACAGGGGCAGAGUUUAUUUUGUGCGUGUACGUCAACACAACAUAUCAAGCUCUCACAACGAAGGCACAACACCGGUGCAGACCAAUCUCUUGUAUGCGCACAAACACAAUGGUUAUUUUGUUGUAUAUGCAUUCAGUAAGACUUCAGACAAAUUAAAAAUGUACUAUACACAGAGAAACUUUUUAGCCCUGCAUUCUGGUGGUAUUUCGAUGUCCUCUUUAUAGUUAGUUUUACGCUAGAGCCGUUCUGUUUACACCAUGAUGCGCACGUACAUUUAACAAUUACAGGGUCCAUUUCCCACAUAUGUAGGUCUAUGAAAUACUGACUUCUCAUGUGGGCGGGGCCAAAUAGGAAACCUGAUGAUGUCACGCUG